CUCAUUUGAACUCAUUUACUGUGAACAUGAGAAGCCAAGCCUGCAGUCAAGUGUCUCUUCAUUAAGAGUGGGAUCAAGGCACUCUUCAACACAGAAUGCUUCCAUCACAUGAAAAUCUAUCAAAUAAAGGUUUCACCUGACUUUCCUUCAUUUUCCACAUUCUUCUGACUGAAAUAUACUGAAUUUAUCUUUUUCUGAAGUUUUCAUCUUUGAAGAGGUACGUAACAUGCCUGGAAAAUCUUAAGGUGUCACUCAUACUGAAUAUGGAUAAACAAGUAUUACACCAGAAAGACUUGAACAGUUCUGGCAGAAAGAAUGUAAACUCCAGUUCCUCCACUUUCCUGGAGAAUGACAGAUUAUCUACGAACAUUUUUACUUGUCGAAAACAGGCAGGCAGCUGCUAUGAAAAAAAUGACAAAAACAGCUUGUUGGGAAGAGCAAGUGAAGCGACAGAUAGUCAAGAUCCUCCCAAAGGGACUGUCACUUUCCCAUCUCUGAUUCAAACAGGAAACAAAAAGCUUACUGUGGCGGGGUUGCCUUUUAUUGCACAACAUGAAAGCAAGUCUUUUGUUUGCCGCCAGGUAGCGCCAAUCUGCAGCUCAAAGAGAUAUGCUCCUAGAAAAUGUGUUGUACUCAAAGAAAAGAUCCCAUCUUUACACGUGGAGAAACAUUAUUAUGUGGAUUACAUUGCCAGGCCAUUUAAGAGUGAAAUUCAAAGAAACCUAACAAAUAUGUCUGAUAGGUUUACAUCCAAAUUCAGUGGAUCAAACAAUAAACUAUUUCCUUUACUCAUGACACAGCCAACCAGGAAACAUGACAUGGGGACUUUGAAUGCUGAAAACCUCAAACAUUCCCGCAGUUUGUUUCUGGGACAUCAGUUAAAGAGGUGUAACAAGAAACGACCUCAUGGACCAAAACACGCAUACCUUAUGACUUGGCCUGGGAAUUCUAACAUAGAAUUGCAUAAAUUACUGGAAGUGUAUGGAAAGCAUUCUAAAAAUGAAGCCCUGAUUCUGAACACUGCCUCCACCCAGACUGAGUCAACUCAUCGGAAAUGCGUCGACAAAAGCACCGCCACGUACAGUCCAAGGCAAAGUCAGCCAUGCUCCUCAGUAACAAAUGAUGGCACAGAUGCUAAAAACAUUAGCGUGUCUCGACGGGACAUUCACAACUUUAUGCUGUUUGAUUCCACCAAACCAAACCGUGUAAGUCUCAUGCAGAAUAAUCGAUUAUUGCCAGAGUUUUUCAAUCUGUCCAAUAAGGUUAGCUCAUCUGGGCAAAAUAAAAUCAUUAAAAAGGAAACUAAAAGUUUAGUGAAAUCACAUGUGACUGAACCACCCACUGAACACUCAAUCAAAACAGAGAAGCAAUUCCUUACCGUGGAUAACAUCAUUCCUCCCAUUUCUCCUGUCCCAUCUGAAGAAACGGAGAGCUCAAGUGAAGAUGAAUAUGUACUAACCAUCCAAGUUCCAGUUAUAACACCAACACGCACUGCUUUAGUGAGAUCUGGUCAUAAUGUUUAGAUGCCUCCUGUUAGUCAUGCAUGCGUGGUCAAAACCUUGUUCUGAGAUUGUGAUUAUUCUCAGUGCUCACACACAGAAAGGCCAUUGAUGAAAAAAGGGGGGCAACUGAAAGAAAGUGAUUCAGGGUUUGGCUUGUUUUCAACCCAGCUAAUGUGAAGAGUGGGCCACGUGAUGAACGGUACCGAUGUGGUGUGUCACAGGGUGGCCGUCACAUGACGUGUCGUUUGUUCUUUAAUAUGCGGUGGAAGCAUUUUGACAUCUUCUUAGCCCUUCCUCUGAGCAGCCAUUUGGCAGCAGGUUUUUGAUAAUACCUAUUGCUUAAUUUUUUAAUUAGAAGCCAGUCUUUAUUACCUAAUUUGAUGCCUUUCUCUAACUCAGGCUGCAGUUUUAGAAGUUAAGCUUAAACUCUGCAAAUAAUCAAACGUUUUGUGAGCCUUGCUAACACUUGGAUCUUAUUGGAUAGAUUUAAGCAGCUAUAACCUGAGGUAGCCAGCAGUGGGUCACCUAGACCAGCACGUUUUGUUCAUCAUAAAUAACUACUUGAAUAACAUCUUUAGAAAGAAAUGAAAGCAAAAAAGUGUAGAACAGAUGUGGCACUAAGACAUUAGACAGACUUUCUCAGAAGAGUACAAUAAACACUGCUUGGAAUAAACAAAGCAGGGUGAGAAGCAGCAUUUGAAUUAAAUAAAACAUUCAAAAAACAAAAGCAAGAAUGAGAUUCUAAUCGCAGUAGAUGUUAGUGGAAAAGUAAAUCAGCCACCGCAGGAUUGAAUCUAAGAGCCUUUGGUUUAG